AUGGCGCCUUCCUUUGCUGGUAUGUCGGGCAAGCCAUUGUCGUUGACUGUGUCCACCGUCGCUACGAUGGGUUUCUUGCUAUUCGGAUAUGACCAGGGUGUCAUGUCUGGUAUUAUCAGUGACAAGGCUUUCAACGAUGUCUUCACUGCCACAAAGGACGAUGAUACAAUGCAAGCCUUGGUUACAGCUGUUUACGAAUUGGGUUGUUUGGCAGGCGCCAUCUUCGCCCUGAUGUUCGGUGACCAUACUGGUCGUCGGUGGAUGAUCUUUUCCGGAGCAAUUGUUAUGAUCGUUGGUGUCAUCAUCCAGGUCACUUCAUUUGCCGAUCACAUUCCUCUGCUCCAGUUCUUCAUCGGCCGUGUCAUCACUGGUAUUGGUAACGGCAUGAACACCUCUACAAUUCCCACCUACCAGGCUGAAUGUUCUAAGACCAGCAACCGUGGUCUGCUGAUCUGUAUCGAGGGUGGUGUGAUUGCUAUUGGUACUGCCAUUGCCUACUGGAUUGACUUUGGAGCUCACUAUGGUCCUCCUGACCUGGUGUGGCGUUUCCCUAUUGCCUUCCAGAUUGUCUUCGGUGUCAUUAUCAUUGUCGGAAUGUUCUUCCUCCCCGACUCUCCUCGUUACUUGAUCUCCAAGGAUCGCAUCCAGGAGGGCGAGUACGUGCUUGCUGCCCUUGGUGGUUUUGAGGUCCAUGACCAGGAGACCCAGAUCCAGAAGAACCUCGUCAUCGAUUCUAUCAGAGCUUCCGGCGCUGGUGCGACUACUCGCUACAGGGACCUUCUUACUGGUGGCCGUUCGCAGCAUCUGCGUCGUAUGCUUAUCGGUUCCUCUUCGCAAAUCUUCCAACAGCUUUCGGGUUGCAACGCUGUGAUCUACUACCUUCCUGUUCUGCUUAAGCAGUCCUUGCACCAGGGCAACGAUGAGGCUCUUCUGAUUGGUGGUAUCAAUAUGAUUGUGUACGCCAUCUUCGCCACCUUCUCCUGGUUCUUCAUUGAGAAGAUCGGUCGUCGCAAAUUGUUCUUGGGUGGCUCCUUUAUCCAAACUAUUGCUAUGAUUAUUACCUUUGCUUGUUUGAUCCCCGAUGAUAAGGAGGUUUCCAAGGGUGCUGUGUUUGGUCUGUUCUUGUACAUGGCGGCUUUCGGUGCUGCCUGGCUUCCUCUUCCUUGGUUGUACCCUGCUGAGCUGUCUCCCAUCAAAACUCGUGCCAAGGCCAACGCCGUUUCCACCUGCAGCAACUGGCUCUUCAACUUUACUGUCGUCAUGAUAACUCCCGUCAUGAUCGCCCACAUCGGCUGGGGUACUUACCUCUUCUUCGCUGCCCUGAACGCCCUGUUCAUCCCCGUCAUCUGGCUCUUCUACCCCGAGACUGCCAACCGCAGCUUGGAGGAAAUCGAUAUCAUCUUCGCCAAGGGAUACACCGAGAACAUCAGCUACGUCAAGGCCGCUAAGAAUCUGCCCAAGCUUUCCGACGAGGAGAUUGAGCAGAAGGCGAACGAAUACGGAUUCGGCAACGCCACCGAGGAUCCUGAGAAGGCUGGUGCUGCCGAGUACUCCCCUUCGACGUCGGAGUAA